GUCUUCUGGUGCUGGAGGCGUGCCUCAAUAUUGAAUGAGACAGUAGUUAAAGUAAGAGAUCCGGGUACACCAUCAUAUUAUGGACUUCGAUCUCGAAUCACUUGUGAAUGUCGAACAAACAUUCUACGAAGAUGGGUUCAAGGACGGCUACGAGCAUGGUAGCAUCCAUGGCUCCAUCGAGGGACGUGCGCUGGGACGAGAGAAAGGCUUUGAAAUGUGGGAAGAACUCGGUUUCUACGAGGGUUUCACCAUGAUGUGGCAAGCCAUCCACACCAAAGAGGGCGGAACGGAAGACCGCGUCGCACAUCACAUGCGGCACCUGCUCGAGCUCAUCGCCCAGUUUCCGCGCGUCAACCCUUCGGCGAGCGAACCGUCCGAGCUCGACAUUCCGAGGCUAUUCCGGCAGAUCCGCUCGCGUUACAAAGCACUGUGCGCCAGCCUCGGUGUCAGGUCGACGCUGCGUGCUGGCGGAACGUCCGACGCACGCGGUGACGGUGAUCCUAUCGACAACGCGGAGAAUCCACGUGUGGAGGGGUCAAGAAGAAGCGUGUGGCCCUUGCAGUCCGCUGCCACUUCCGGAGAACAGUUGAGUUUCUGAGGCGUGAGGGCUCUAUGCGUAUCGCAUAUGGACGGAACAUUCGCGGGUUUUCCGCCACCACGGGAAUGAUUAUAUCGGUGGUGCUCAGUUCAUCGUUGCUCACAGGCAAUCGUGACUGACAAUCGCCGUUCCACCACGCAGCACAGCCGUGUCGUGAUGGAUACACGAAUCGCAGAGGGCCUACGGCCUCACGCAGCGCUUGCCUAUUGCUUCAUAGGGGUCUGAUCCGUCAUCGACCUCGCCCAUUCAUAGUAUAUCGUCAAUGGGUUCUGGACAUCUCCGUGUCUACCCCUCUUGCAUUUGUGAAUCGGCCUCGGGAGAGGCUCUAACCCGGAUCUCAGCGUGGUGGCGGUAUGCACGAAGUACGGGCACGAGGCUAGCCAGAAGCCACAUACAUAGCUGUAAUGUGUAAAGAUUAUCCCAAAUCUCGACGCAAGUUCUGUCGUUUG